AUGGAAAAGAAGAUGAUGAUUAGCGACAACGACCUGGACGUGACUCGCGAGAAACAACGAACCUUCAAAAUAGUUCUCCUUCAUAUUGGAAAUGAAUUGGCUUCCGGUUUAGUCUUGUUUGUUACUGGCUACGUCAUCGAGAGUGCUGGCUUCUUCUACACCGCGUGCAUCACCCUCGGGCUAAAGUUUCUUCUUUUCAUUUUCGCUUUCGUCUUCAUUACUGAAACAGGUGAGCAGAAGAAGAGUCCAGGCUUCAUCGCGCCUCUCAGAACACUCUUGGAGACCACGAAGAAUCCUAGAAAUUUCUGCACCCUUCUCCUCGUCAAUAUGGCGAUCGUGUUCCUGGUCGUGUCGCGGAUUGCCGAAAAGGACGUCAUGACGAUCUACCAGAUGAGUCCACCGUUUUGUAUGGACUCCGUGCAUCUGGGCUACCUGUCCAGCGAGACUCGUCUCAAAGGCAUCUUCGCCAUUCCUGUCCUGUGGCUGCAGCGACGACUGCACUUCAUGGAGUCCACCAUCGCUGCUGUGGGGAUGUACUCUGACGCCGCUUCAAACUUUGUGCUAGCAAUUAUUCGUCAAAGCUGGGUCUUUUUUGUAGUCCCUAUUGUAGCUAUUCCUGGUGCGCUGUCAUCAUCAAUGACAAAGGCCAUAACGACACGGCUGGUGGGACGUCAAGCACUCGCGUCCACGUUUGCCUUGAUACUGGUUGUUGAAGAACUGUUUUCAUUUGGAGGAGCACAGGCUGGAAACUACCUUUACCAACAUUUUGUAGACACUCUGCCAACAGCACCCUUCUACCUAGCAUCAUCUACGUUUGUAGUAUCAGCAGUCUUGUACACGUAA